CCUCAUUCCCCUAAAUGAGGGGUAAAGCUGUCUGCUAUCGGCAAUUCACAAACCUUCCAGCUUUGAGAGUUUUCCCCACUACACAGACCCCACGAUGACAAGUAGGAGCUGUGGAACAUGUCGCGACCGUCGAAUCCUCUGUGAUCGGGCCCUCCCCACCUGCAAGAAAUGUUCUCAGUCCAAUCGAAUCUGUCAAGGCUACGGUCUUCGCCUCUCCUGGCCAAAAGUGAGCAAUACAAAGCGCGCCGCGGUGGGGCGGCCUGUGCAUGAUAAGAUCCCUCCCCGUCGAUGGUCGAGAGUUCAGCUAGUGAAUACGUCAACCUGGGAUCUCGAGUUGCAUAAUCAUCUACAAAAUGCAGAAUCAUCGAUAGAAUCAACCCAACUCAUCCUCCGUACGCCCAAGUUUUUUCGCUCGGCCCAGCUGGACGUUGCGGAUGAUUGCCUGUUACAGUACUUUCAAUGCACUGCCUCCCGUUGUCUGACAACAUUCGGUUACGAUCCGACGGAUCUGGGCCGCCUCCUCAUGCGUAUGGCUCUCUCAGAUGAUUCUCCAACAGCAGUUGCGAUACUACGAGCCAUACUAGCACUGUCGUCACUGCAUCGCGAUGGACUGCAGGCACAGGCAGGCCGUCUCAAGAUCUCCGCCCUUAGAGCCCUGGUAGCCGCCCCAAAGACCGACAUUACUCCGGCGGAAGCAGCUCAGCAUGUGGCUGCGGGAAUGCUCUUAUGUUCAUUUGAUAUUCACCAACUGGCAUGUACCUCAGGUCAAUGGACAAGGUAUCUGAUAGGUGCAAAAAGCAUCAUCAAGGCUUCCUCCUUGAGCAAAAGUCAAGGUGGCGAGUUUAGUCUGCUGAUGGACUGGGUAUACUAUCACGAUGUGUUGUCACGUUUCAGUAUGUUACACUGGCAUCGCCGAACUUCAGAUAUGGAGUCUUUGUCAGAUGAUGCUUGGGCAGAGUUCUCUCCAACGCCUUCUUCUUAUAGGACCACCCUAACCCUCCUAUCUGAUGUGUGUAAUGCGAUAUCGACAAAUAAAUUCACCAAAGGUUUCGAGCAUUGCGCAACGACCAUGAACAUGCUUGCAUUUCGAAUACGAAAUAUCGUCCCUGACACUCCGCCCAACGCAAGCUCCGACACAAUGACUGGUGUGAAACUAUUCCAGUCAGCAAUGCUAAUAUACCUGAAUCGGACAUCUGGAGCAUUACUGGAUCCAGCGGACACUGACGAACAAAUCACGAAAGCAUUUGCCACACUUUCCCGGCUCCCGUCAUGUGAAAGGCAAUUCCCAUUAUUUAUCCUCGGCUGCGAAGCACGAACAGAUGAUGAGCGGUGUACAAUCCUGGAUUUGAUCAGUAGGACCGAAAAGAUGGCCUCGUCUCGAUCCUUUUUCCUAGUGCGGAAGAUGAUCGAGGCUAUCUGGGUGCAGGAUGACCUUUCUAACAAGGGGAUUGAUUAUGCGGCAAAGUUGAGUGCAGUCAUCAGCUGCUGCGCCAUUUUGCCGAGUUUUGUUUAGGAUGAUUCUUAUCUCUUUGAACUGUUGCAAGUAUGGCAACCCCGAAACGCCUUGGUUGUCUCAAAAUCUCGCAACGCGAUCUGUGAGGUCAAGUGUUCCGAAGUCGAUACCCAAAUUAAACGGGCCUAUGACAGGGAACUGUUUGGUGAAUUCAGGGUUAUUUUGUUUCAUUUUUUUCUUUUUCUGAUGGAAGGAUAUACGACCUUGCUUGUGACAAUAACAGAGUCACAUUAUCCAAGCCUAAGCUAUAGAGCUGGCAGCGCAAAGUAAU